AUGCAAAUAUUCGUUAAGACUCUCACCGGAAAGACUAUCACCCUCGAGGUGGAAAGCUCCGACACGAUCGACAAUGUGAAAGCGAAGAUCCAGGAUAAGGAAGGCAUUCCUCCGGAUCAGCAGAGGCUUAUCUUCGCCGGAAAGCAGCUUGAAGAUGGCCGGACCUUGGCUGAUUACAACAUCCAAAAGGAAUCCACGCUUCACUUGGUCCUCAGGCUCCGUGGUGGUAUGCAAAUCUUCGUCAAAACCCUAACCGGAAAGACGAUCACUUUGGAGGUUGAGAGCUCCGACACCAUUGACAACGUCAAGGCCAAAAUCCAAGAUAAGGAGGGGAUUCCUCCGGACCAGCAGAGGCUCAUCUUCGCCGGAAAGCAGCUUGAAGAUGGCCGGACCUUGGCUGACUACAACAUCCAGAAGGAGUCUACACUUCAUCUUGUGCUCAGGCUUCGUGGUGGUAUGCAGAUCUUCGUGAAGACUCUCACCGGCAAAACAAUCACACUUGAAGUGGAGAGCUCCGACACAAUUGACAACGUGAAAGCCAAGAUCCAGGAUAAGGAAGGCAUUCCACCGGAUCAGCAGAGGUUGAUCUUCGCCGGCAAGCAGCUUGAGGACGGUCGCACAUUGGCUGAUUACAAUAUACAGAAGGAGUCGACCCUCCACUUGGUCUUGCGUCUCCGUGGUGGCAUGCAGAUCUUCGUGAAGACAUUGACCGGAAAGACCAUCACAUUGGAGGUGGAGAGCUCCGACACCAUUGACAACGUGAAAGCCAAGAUCCAGGAUAAGGAAGGCAUCCCUCCGGACCAGCAGCGUCUCAUCUUCGCUGGAAAACAGCUGGAGGAUGGUCGCACACUUGCUGACUACAACAUCCAGAAGGAGUCGACCCUUCACUUGGUCCUCCGUCUUCGUGGUGGUUUCUGA